AUGAAAAUCACAGCCUGGUUCUCCCUCCUCCUCACCGCCGCUCUCGCAGCUCCCCAGAGCGACUCCCAAGCCCUAUCCAGCGACCUAGCCAACUGGUCCUCCCUCGGAAAUGCCUUACAAUCCCUAAACUUCAACUUCACCCUGCCCACCAAAACCGCCAACCUGGACAACAUCUCACCACCCCCUCGCUCCCUCAUCCCAGAGGUCAUCACCGCACUGCCCCCGUCGGUACUAAUGGAACUCGUCAUCCCGUCCCAGCGCAGCGCCCUCGCCAGCCAGUUCAAGGCCGGGAGCACACCAGCCUGGUAUGCGAGUCUCCCCAGCGAUGUCCAGAGUUACCUGUCCGUGGUGAAGAGCCAGAUCUCCGAGGGGGCGUUGACGGCUACCACGGGCCUGGCGUAUCAGACUGCGGCUACUGCGUCGGCUACUGCGUCGGCUACGAGGACAGCGACGGAGACGGGGAAUGGCUGCUGCGGCGAGACCGACGGGGGUGUUGAUGGCGGGGGAGUGGGCAUGGGUGUUUUGGGGCUGGCGUUGGUGCUGUGA